AUGGGCUGGUUCUGGGGUGGGAGAAACGCUCAAAAUGAUCCCGCAAAGGCCCUCGACGACGAUCUCAAGCAGUUCUUGAAGGAGCAACAACCACGUCCAUAUGUCCCAGCUGAAGCUCCUGCGGAACCGUCAGAGCCACCACAAAACCUCGCUCCUACCUCGAAGCCCUCCGAGCAGACUGUUGCUGAUGCGGCACAACCUCCUGAAGACAAGCCGCUGCCAAAAGAAUCGCUGUUCCAGGAUGGCAGAUACAAGCACAUCUGGAAGACCUACAUCCCACAAGACGAGAUCAUUGCAGCUACGUCCACGCCUGUGGAGAGAGUACUUUCGGCAAGAAAAGACAGAAAUCAGUCCAUACACAAGGCCGCACUGGAGAACUGCGCCUUCGAGGAGGAAAUGCAACAAAUCUGCCUCAAGGGCGGUAAUGUAACGGACAGAAUACGCGGAAGAAUGACCAUGUGCCACGAAGAGACAAAGGCCUUCAACCGCUGCUACACACUGCAGGCCAAGUUUCUGCAAGCGCUGGGAUAUAUGACCAACGCCGGUAGUUCUGCCGAGGACGAAGAGAAGAUCCAGAUGCACGCGGACAAGUUGUAUCACAGAAUGAUGGACUACGAGGCACAAGUGGACGAGGCAAAACGGAACAACCAGCCCAUCCCUCCCCUCUCAUCGCUCUUCAACCCCAGUCGACCUGCCCCAACACUGGAACAAAUGGCAUUGCCUAGGGCGAUGGAGGACAAGAUGAAAAAGCCCUUGCACGAAUAUCCUCCGCACGAGCGGGAGCUGGCCGCACGAGCUGCGCUUCAGGAAGCGAAGUUGACGGACCUAUAUGCCGAAGAUCUUUUCAAGUACAGUGUCACGAUGAACGAAGAUCGGAAGAAUCGACAAGUCUUUCUAACGAGAGUGUUUGGUGAGACUAUCGGAAAAUUCUUGAUCCCUGAUCCUCCCAAAGACCCGAACAUCAAGCCUUACAGCAUUGAACAGCUGGAGCGGGAGAUCUGGAAGGAAGAAGACCGGCCGUCGUCGUUACCACAUGCGCAGAAGCUGGAACCUGUCAAGACGAAAUCUAGUGGCUGA